CAUCAUCCCAUCCCAUCCAUCUAAGUAUCUCUCUAUUUGUUUUAUUUUUUAUUUUAUUUCCCGUUGUAUUCGCUUCAUCUCAUUCGUCGCGCAAUAUCUACGGUAGAGUACCUAGGUUAGGGACUCACUGGGCUUAAAAAGUACACAUGGGAAACGUAUGAUACGGUUUACAGUAAAACCAUGGCCGACGACUCUGAGCGACAAGCGCCCAAUAACCCCGUCGCGACUCAGGACGAAGACCGGCUGGCGCAAUUCGGGUACGAGCAGGAAUUGAAGCGAGACUGGGGAUUGGCGCACAAUUUUGGCGUGUCUUUUUCGAUCAUUAGUGUUAUUACGGGUCUCACGACGUUAUUCGGAUAUGGAUUGAACACGGGCGGUCCAGCUGUCAUGAGCAUCGGCUGGAUCGUCGUAUCCUUCUUCACACUCAUGGUAGCCAUCGCCAUGGCCGAAAUCGUAUCCGCUAUCCCCACGAGCGGAGGCCCGUACUUCUGGGCUGCCAUGAUCGCGCCCCGGCGCUGGUCCGCCUUCGCCGCCUGGAUGACGGGUUGGUUCAACCUCCUCGGCCAAGUCGCCGUGACCACCGGCAUCUCCUUCGGUCUGGCGAACCUCAUCGCCACGGCCGCGACGGUGAAAUCCACGACUUACGAGCCCUCGGCGUCGAAAACCAUCGGCAUAUACGCUGCUGUCCUCGUCUCACACGGCUUGGUUAACACUUUUGGCGUGCGCGUGCUCAAGUACUUGAACAACGUCUCCAUCGUGCUGCAUUCUGCUGGUGUCACGGCCAUUGCCGUGGCUGUCCUUGCCAAGGCCCCUACGCAUCAGUCUGCCGAGUUCGUCUUUGGAUACCUGAAUGAUGGCACGGGUGUCGACGGGAGCCCGGGCUGGAGCGAGCGCGCUUCGCCUGCCUACCUCGCUGUGUGCGGUAGUCUUCUUGCGCAAUAUACACUAACCGGGUUCGACGCCUCGGCGCAUCUCUCCGAAGAAACGCGCAAUGCAUCGUGGUCGGCUCCCAUAGGCGUAGUCUCAUCCGUCGGCUUCAGCGCCAUCUUCGGGCUCCUCGUGCUGCUGUCCUUCCUCUUCUCCAUCCAAGACCUCGAGGCCACCAUCUCGUCCGCGUACGAGCAGCCCGUCCUCCAGAUCUUCAUCGACGUGUUCGGCGAGGACGGCGCGCUUGCGCUCUUCAGCAUUAUUAUUAUAUGUGUCUGGCAUUGCGGCCUGUUCAGUAUGACGAGCAAUUCGCGCAUGAUGUUCGCGUUUGCGCGAGACGGCGGGAUACCCUCUUUUUUCCACCAGGUCGAUGCGCGCUUCAAGAGUCCUAUCAGGGCUGUCUGGCUAGCUGCUGUCUUGAGCUUCAUAUUGGCGUUACCGUCUCUCGGUAGCGAUGUCGCCUUUGCCGCGGCCACCAGUAUCGCCACGAUCGGUCUCUACAUCAGCUACGGUAUCCCGAUCCUCCUCGGCUUGAUCUGGCAUAAAGAGUUCGUCGCUAUGAAAGGGCCGUUCGACCUCAAGGGUUUCAGUAGGAUUAUAGCUUUCAUCGCCGUCGCGUGGAUUCUCGCCAUCUCCGUCUUCUUCGUCCUGCCGACUGCGAAUCCCGUCACAAGCCAGACGCUCAAUUACACCGUCGUGGCAGUGGGCAUCAUAGCUUUUGGUGCGAUAGGUGCUUGGGUCCUGUGGGCGAGGAAAUGGUUUACGGGCCCGGCAGCUGAGGUGACGGAGGCGAUGGAACGAGGCGUUGACCUGACAGACCCAACCGCUGUUCUGGCCGCAGAAAAGGGAGGCCAGGCGAUGGGCACUGCCACCGAAGGUAGCGAAUAGAAGUAGAUAGCGCACAUUGACUCUUUGGGACAACAAGAUUUCAAGUUUUAGUAUUGCGGACUGGGUUGCAUUAAUCAUAUUCACUGUGAGAUGCUACGGAAUGUUAGAACUCAAUUGCUU